GCGCGAGAGCAUGAGCGUGCGCGCUGACGUCACGCCUCCCCAGCGAGGGCUGGCUGAGCGAGAGCUAUGUGUUGGAAUGCGUGAGUCUCGCGUACUUCCUCGACAGAUUUGAGAGUUUGGAUAUAACUUCUUCCGAAACUUGUUUCUACAACAACAUCGCCAAACAACGAGCGAACACCGCUGCUGGUUGAGCAUGUCUGCUCAGACUGUGUAUCCAGCUGCUGCUGGUAUCUUCAUGCCUGUAGGCAUCCCACUACCAGAGGUGGGCCAUGACCUUCCCGAGCUGCCUCGCAAUGAUGUGGCGGCCCCUCAGCUAGUGAUGCUCGCUAAUGUGGUGGUAUCAUCAGAGGCGUCUUCCUCAGACUACAAUGCAGAAGAGAAACAAAUGGUCGAACUCAAGACCGUUGGAUGCAACAACUACUCUGACAGCGAGGAAGAGGGUGUUAUCAGAUACAGCCUUGACAGUUCGGAGAUGUCGGAGAGCACGUACGCUGAACAUGCCACUCGGGUUGAGCCAGAGGUGACAGAAAGAGUGAUAGAGCAGGUUCAAAUGGAGCGAGCAGAAGACCUCUCAAAUCCAUCUGAAAAGACCCCAUCUGAAUCCUCACCAGCAGAAAAACGUAAGCGCACCCCGGUUGUUAUCUUCGAAUCCAACAAAAAGAAGAAGAAGCCUUUCUUUUGUAAACCCUGCCAGUACCAGGCUGAAAACGAGGAGGACUUCAUUCACCAUAUCCGCGUUCACGGCGCCAAGAAAAUGACGGUGGUAAAUGGCAUGGCUGACUCCGAUGACGAUCUGGCCAGUGAGUCAGGCCAAUCUCAGACGCCAAACCCAGAGAAUAGUGAAAGUUUGAGUAACUCUAAAGGCGUGAUCCGCUGUGAGCGCUGUGGAUACAACACCAACCGCUACGACCACUACAUGGCACACCUUAAACAUCAUACAAAGGAGGGCGAAGUCCAGAGAGUAUUCAGGUGCACCAUUUGUGCUUAUACCACCAUCAGUCAGUAUCACUGGAAGAAACAUCUAAGGAAUCAUUUUCCCAGCAAGCUUUUUACUUGCAACCAGUGUUCGUAUUUUUCUGACCGCAAAAAUAACUACAUACAGCACAUCCGGACCCACACUGGUGAGCGUCCGUUCCAGUGCAUAUAUUGUGACUACUCCAGUUCCCAAAAAACUCAUCUCACCAGACACAUGCGAACCCAUUCAGGUGAGAGGCCUUUCAAAUGUGACAACUGCAGCUACCUGGCAGCCAACCAGCACGAGGUGACCCGCCAUGCCAGACAGGUCCACAAUGGACCCAAGCCCCUAAGCUGCCCCUACUGCCAAUACAAGACAGCCGACCGCAGCAACUUUAAAAAGCACGUUGAGCUCCAUGUCAACCCUCGCCAGUUUCUUUGCCCGGUUUGCAAAUACGCUGCAUCCAAGAAGUGCAACUUGCAGUACCACAUAAAGUCCAGACACCCAGGAUGCACUGAUAUCUCGAUGGAUGUAUCAAAGGUAAGGCUUCGUGUGAAGAGGACUGACAGCGAUGACAUUUCGCCAAAUAAGCUUGCGACAGAACAGUCUGGAUCAAGGCGAAGUGAAGACAAGCAGUUGGGAGAAUUGGAUGAUGUUGAAUCAGGUCCCAUCAACCUCUCUAUUAAGAAACCCACUAAACCCACCCUUGCUGUGGAGACUGAGCUGACUGACAAGACCGCAAAGAAAAACCCAGAUGUCAUCGUGAAAGAAAAAUCUGGAAAGCAUCUCAAUGAAAAAUCUGCAGAGAAAAAGACAAUGCCUAAAAAUGAGGGGAAAGAGAAAAACAGUAAGAAGGUUAAAGGAAAGACUUUGGUGAAAACUGUUGACAUUGCUGUGGCACAAACAGAGGGCUGCAAUGACAAACAAGCUAAUAAAAAAGAAAUGAAGAAGGUAGAGAAAUCCCCUAAAUCUGUGGAGAAAGUAACGAAAGGUCGUCCCAAGAAAGAGAAGCCAUUGAAGGAGACCGCCAAUGAAGUUAUUGCGAAACAUCAGGCCAUUGUUGAGGAGCAAAGAUUAGAUUUGGAUAAAGAAAGACCAGAGAAAGACCUUCUAGAUAAACAGCAGCAGCAAAAUGAGAAAGAGGAAAGAAAGCGGCUAGAAAAGGAAAACAGUUUGCUUAAUGGGAAAGCGAAGGAGACUGAAAAGAAGGGAAGUGUGAAAGAUUGCAAGAAAUCUCAACCCAAGAAACCAUGCAAGAGGCAGAAAAAAUUGUCAAAGGUCAACAGUGAAAAAGAUACCCAGAGUACACAAGCAACGCAAGAAGUCCGGACUAAACUUGUCAAAAGAAAAGCAGAGAACAUGAAAGUACCAGCGACUGAAACUAUUUGUCCUUCAAAGCGGGUCAAGCGCACAAAGAAAGAAACAGCCAAGCCAUCAACAAGUUCUGUUGCUCCAGAGGGAAAUCGCACCAUACCUGAGGUUCUACAGACUAUGAGGAGCAAAACCAGGAAUGCUGAGACUGAACCUGAGAAGACCAACGAAGUCCCAGAGAAGCUAAACACUCUAGAAGCUGAAACAGUGAAACAGUCCACCACAGAAACACUGAAGUUACUUGACCAACCAGAUGAGCAGACACCUACAGUAGUGACCUGCCAAGAUGAGAAAAAUCACAAGGAGACUGAUUCUGUUGUGGAGGAACUCACAGUUCCAUGCCAACCCCAAGUUCCAGACUCUGAACAACCUAAAGAAACUGAGAACAAGGUCUCACAUGAACCAAAAGAAAUUCCAGAUGUAGACAGCGGAAGUGAGAUGCCAUCACCUACUGACAGUGAGACCUCUCCGGGGUUCAGCCCAACUCUCGAACUUCCUGGUGCGCCUGGUCACAAAUCUACCGACGCAGAGGAUGACGAAGGUAUCCACAGUAACGAUGGGGGAAGUGACAUCAGCGAUAGUGCCUCUGAAGGAAGCUACGACUCUGGUCUUAACGGACUAGCUGCUGCCACCGAGGGUGGAGAGAAACUUCCAGAGACUCCGACAGAAGAGCUUCCUUCUCCAACCAAACUGCUCAGUCACACAUGUAUCUUCUGUGACCGGACCUUCUCUUUGGAGAUGGACUACCGUCGCCACUUGAACCGGCAUUUAGUAAAUGUGUAUUACCUAAAAGGGGCGGCUCAGGGUGACAAGUGAGGGGUAUCUCGUUUGGAAAAGGGCAGCAUUGUUGUGUCCAAAACAGUUAAUGAGGUUCUCCUAGACUUUGGACUGAACAAAACUUGUUCAGGUUGUAAUAAAAAUAAGGUUCUUGUUGUUCUUGAUGGCUUUACAGCUCGUGACAGAUGACCGCAUCUAUGCCUGUUUCUAGUUUGCAAUGACGCAACAUGAUACAUUCAAAUAAUACAGUAUUCUUUCAAUUCAGAAAUGAAAUCCAUUGUCAUCUUGUGGUAGGAUCCUAUUGUUCAACCCAAACUAACUGAAUCUUUGCUUAGUCAUGUGCUCCAUGACGAAAUGAUCUUUGGGGUUUUCUUGUGUUUAUUGUUACACUACUCAGAAGCAACAAAAAGGAGAACUGCUCUGAAAGCAAGUACACUUUCUCCCUCCAUCCCUGCGGAGAGCUCAGAUUAGCCAGACCCAGGUGGUCCAGCGCUGAAUAGCCCUGAAGAUAAUGGGGCUUUCAGUGUCUUUGUGCUGUUCCACUCCACUGAAGCGCCUCCAUCUCUGGUCAGCAAGAGACGGAGUGUGUGUUUAAAGCUGGCUAAUGUCAUUGUAUUCAGGUGUUUCUUUGUUCCCUUUUACAGUUUAGAGAGCACUUGACUACUAACCAUAAUCUUACCUUUGAGGCGCUGUUUCACAUAAGCUAAACAUUUCAUUUUAACACCGAAAGAUUCAUGUACACUUCCUAGAGGUCUUUCUUUGAUUACACUUGCUUUGCCUUUCAAGGAAAGUAACAUGUAGUUUGUAAUGUUUGUGGAAUAGUAGGUUUUUUAUUUCAGUGUAAAUUUGCCUCUUUUUUUUUUUUUUUUUUACACUACGCAUUGUAACUCUCACUUCUUGAGUUUGUAGAUAAUUUUAUCUGUCAAUUUUCUGGUAAUAUUUCAAUUUCAUGCUCAGUCCAAAGAUUUUGUUGCUUUUCUCUGUAUAUAAACUGUACAUAUUUUUCUUUCUUAUUUGCUCUUCAGUGCCUCAGACAAUCAAUUUGAGCAUUUUAAUCAAUGUCUCAGAUAUUUAGAACUGAUUUACCUUCAAAUGAAAGAAUGGCUUGUCUUUUUUGUGUAUUUUACCCAAGCAACAUUCCCUUACACAUCAAAUUGGUUAUUUGCAUUGAAAAUCUGUUUAUCCAAAGUUUAUCUAAUCAUAUUGAACUGACCUUUUUGUUUUUUUGUAUGAGUGUGAAUGUGUUGCUGCCACAACCCUUGUAUAUCAGUAAAUUUACCAUGUUAUUCUGUCUAAAAAGAAAGGAAAAAAAAAUACUGUAAGAGAAGUUAUAGAAAUAAUUUGCCUUUAGUGCAUUAAGUGCAAUAUUGAAUUUUUGGGUUUAUUACCAAAGCAAGAUGUAGUUGGUAAAGUUUGUAGGAACAAAACCACAGGCCUUAGAUGAAAAACUAGAAAAUGUACUAUCCACAGGUACUCCAGUGCACCUGAAAAACUGCACUCUUAGACGGUUGGAUACUUUAUCACUGUAAACUUGUUCUUUAUCACUUUUUUUGUGUAAAGCUCUACUUUUUUGCUUUUCUUCUUUAGAAUAGCAUGUUGCCAAUUCACGACUCAGAUUGUGCCAUUUAUCUAUCUUUGUAAUCAAGUGUGUGACUGUCGUUUUCCAUUUCCUAGUAAAAGUAGUCAAAUUAUAUCAGUUGAAAUGUUAUGUUGUCCCCUUGAUAUGGCUUUUUAUGAAUUAAAUGAAAAACAGUUUACUAUGUGACCUGUAUGUUUAGCUCUAGAUGUUUCAAUAAAAAAAAAUCUUGCCACAGA